AUGGCCGACCUCCCGGCCCACGCUUCGCCGAUUCUCCCGCCGCACUCGCCCCCGCCAUCCACAAUCGGCGAAAGCCUGCGCGACGAUGCCAGCGAGGGAAGCGGGACCGCAACAGGCGAGCAAACUCCGGCUCUCCCAGACUCUAUCUUGUCGCCCGCAUUCACCCCGCCUGCCACCCCGGGCGGCUCGUUGAACCUCGACUUGAACCCAACACGGGUCCUGCACCAGAGCCAAGCAGCAAACCUCCAGCACAAGAGCGGACACGCAAAACCUCCUAAGUUGCUCUCACAACUGCCACAAGUGGAAUGUAUUGUCCGAGCCCGGAUUCCGACCACCAACGGAGCAGAAAUGUUCCUGCACCUAUAUCACAACGACCUCGACAACAAGGAGCAUUUAGCCAUUGUCUUUGGAUGCAACAUCCGCAGUCGGAGUCUUGACCGUGUCCGACCGGGCGAAACUGAAAUGGACCGCAUGAUCCGCGGCGCAUAUGUGGGGAAAUUGCAUCCGGGGAGAACCAGCAGCUGGGUGGACGAUGAGAAUAAGGCGGCGGGGUCACAUACGUCGCAACCACGACCGCGGAUUGAGCCGCCGCUCGUGCGGAUUCACUCUGAGUGCUACACAGGCGAGACAGCAUGGUCUGCCCGCUGCGAUUGCGGCGAGCAGCUUGAUGAGGCGGCCCGGUUGAUGUCAUUUCCCGUGCAAGACCUGUCGUGCGAUGCGCCGCCUGAGACUCAAUCGCUACGGUCACAAUCGGCGGGUGGCGUGAUUAUCUAUCUCCGACAGGAAGGGCGGGGUAUCGGGCUAGGAGAGAAAUUGAAGGCAUACAAUCUUCAGGACCUGGGGUCUGACACAGUGGAAGCCAAUCUCUUGUUGCGGCAUCCAGCCGAUGCGCGGAGCUACGGGUUAGCCACGGCCAUGCUCACCGAUCUUGGCUGUGGUGCCGAUACCAUUCCUGAGGGCAUUCGCUUGCUCACGAAUAAUCCCGACAAGGUCCGGGCCAUUGAGGGCCCCAACCGAGAAGUGAUGGUGAAGGAGCGGGUGCCGAUGAUUCCGCUGGCCUGGCGGACGGGUGGGCAGAAGGGGAUUAAGAGCUCUGAGAUCGAAGGAUACUUGAGGACCAAGAUCUCGAAAAUGGGCCACAUGAUUCAAUGA